UUCCCAGGCUCUAGUCUCUAACGGUCCCGGAGCUGAGCUCCUGUGAUUGGCUGCGGGACACGGCGCGCUCACGCGGUGUGGCCCCUCCCCUUCUCCCGUGCGCGCUGGUGAGGCGGGUUCCCGGCGUGAGGAGGCGACUGAGCUGAGCUGUAGUGGCCGCUGCUCUGUGUCUGUGUGUCCGGCCGGGAGUAAGAGGUCUCUUCGCUCACUUACCGGGAGCUGGGCCGUGCCGGGGGAUCCGGCUGGAGGCGGCGGGGUCAGCUUGGAGGAAGCGAAGUUGCCGGUCAUAUAUAAUUUUGGAUACGUUUUUUACAUACCAGAGGAGAAACUGUUUACAUGCUCAGGAUAGUGGUUUGCAGCAGUAUUUGACAAACCAAAAACAUGCGCGAGUACAAGCUCGUGGUCCUGGGUUCUGGAGGAGUUGGGAAAUCUGCUCUGACAGUACAAUUUGUUCAGGGAAUUUUUGUUGAAAAAUAUGAUCCUACCAUUGAGGACUCCUACAGAAAGCAAGUGGAAGUAGAAGGUCAACAGUGUAUGCUGGAAAUUCUCGAUACAGCAGGGACUGAGCAAUUUACAGCUAUGAGAGAUUUGUAUAUGAAGAAUGGUCAGGGAUUUGCACUAGUAUACUCCAUCACUGCACAGUCCACAUUUAAUGACUUGCAAGACUUGAGGGAACAGAUAUUACGAGUUAAAGACACUGAAGAUGUUCCAAUGAUUUUAGUGGGCAAUAAGUGUGAUUUGGAAGAUGAGCGGGUAGUUGGCAAAGAACAGGGACAGAACCUAGCCAGACAGUGGAAUAACUGUGCCUUUUUAGAAUCUUCUGCAAAGUCUAAGAUCAAUGUAAAUGAGAUCUUUUAUGACUUGGUCAGGCAGAUAAAUAGGAAAACACCAGUUGAAAAGAAGAAGCCUAAAAAGAAAUCAUCAUGUCUGCUGCUUUAGACCAUUUUCAAGCAGCAGGUCUGAGCCAGAAUGCAGGAAUGAAGAACUGUUGCCUACUUGGAAAGUGCCAGCAUUCCAAACUGUAAAAAGAUAUCCAACCCUAAUUUAACAUAUCUGAAGAGGCUCUUUCUGUUUUAUAUAUUAUGUGAAGAAUUAAGAUCUCCAAUACUGUUUGCACAAGGUUUCCUGGCAAUGAAUUAGCUGUGUUUCUCUCUGAAAACAAGACACUGUCGUGUCAACUUCUGCAAUAGUGGUGAUCACAGAUGUGAAAAUAAACAUACUUGACUCCAUUUUGAAUAAUUAUGAGAGCAUGAAUGCAUUUCAAAUGUUUAAUAUUGCUAGUGUAAUUAUCAAAAUGAUUUUCAUGUUGAUCUUCUUCCAGAUCCUCUCCUUAGUCAUGCCUGUGUCAAGCACUAAAAAAUGUAGCCAUUUAUAGUUUUUCUUUAUAAAUAUAUAUAUAGAGAGAGAGAUAUAUAUUCCCCUUUAAUGAACUCAAUGGGGCUAAUACCUUUUUGAGUCAUGGUGACUUCAUUUUAUAUUUAAAACAUAUGGGUUUAUCAUUACUUUCAUCUUGCCAUUAUAUUAUAAUUAAGAAAACAUUUUGUGCAUAGUGCUUUUGGGGAGGGUCUUUUAUAGGAAAACCGAGAUUCUGAUUUCUAUGGAUUUCAAAGCUGAAAUAUAUCAUAUACUAAAACAACUCUAAUAUUGCUUCUUGUGUUUUACUGUCACAAAUUAAAUUACAGCUUUUAUGAAUGAUUAAAUUUUAGUACAUUUUCAUUUU